AUGGAAGAAGACAUCCUCCCGCCUCUGACCCCUCUUGACCAGUACCAGGAAACUGAGGGAAAACUUGCAGCGUCUAUUCGAUGGCUGAUCCUACGUGUGUAUGAACAAGAAAAGGACAUACCCGACAAGCUGCGACAUGGCGCAUUUCGGGAUGAACGAGGUCAUCUCCAACUAGAUGUUGCUAUACUUACUGGUCUAACAAAUGGAUCUUUGUAUUCUCAAGCAGCUGCCAAAAUCUUCAAGGAGCCGCAAUUAGUAACGCAGUCUCACGGGGCAGUAUUAGCCGCAUUAGUAGACUAUGGUAUCGAUGUUGUGCAAAGCUCCGAUGGGGGACCAGUCACGGAAAAUUUGCUGUUUUCUGCGGACAAUUUCAAUAUUACGGCUCAUUUGGCAAUGAUGGAUGCGCUAAUGCAAGCUCACCUUCGCAAUGUCAUCACAGUUAACCGAGUAAUAGAUGCCGUAAGUCGACAUACCACCGUUGAUGAAAGCGAGAGACCAAUGGAUUCGGUUGAUGCACUACUUUUCUGGAUCAAUAAGGUCUGCCUUUUGGUCAGAGAUGACGUGGAAAGGUCACAAAUUCAGUUGAAAGGGGGUACCGACGGUGGAAUGAUUCCGGAAAUGGAGGACUUAUAUGACGAAAUUAGUGAUGGACAAUGUCUUUGCACUCUUGUCGCUUGGUACAGACCAAGAGAAAUGGAAAUUGAAGAUAUAUGUUAUAAUGAUCAGAUGAGUACAGCACAUUGCCACUACAACUUACUCUUAUUACAGCGGUUCUGCCAUAAUUGUCUGCCAUGGAAUCCGUUUCAUUUUGAAAUCGAGGAUAUCCUUUAUCUUCACGAUUCGCUCCAAAUGAACAUCAAUGUGUUUUUGGCCGAUUUGUUCGAGAUUUUUGAACCUGCCCCAACUGGUAGGCAGAGCAUUGUUGUACAACAAGAACCUGUCACAUCUCCUCGUCGCUUCGUUCCUAUCCAAGGGAUCCCAGAUCUACGUUCGGCAAACUCAGCUGCUCGCAGCCCUCAUCCACCAAGGGUCAGGAAUCCAUUCAAUAGUGUGCAUGUUACGUCUACUCCAGGAGGUGUUGCUCUGCCGUCCCGUUCGGUUAGCAUGAUGAGCCAAGAUAGCUUGCUCACAAAUAGAUCUCACGAUUCGUGGCAGACACCACAGCGUAAACCAUCCGAAGGUUGGAGUGCUAACGUAACGAACUUCGGACGUUUGGUUCAGCCUGUUGGAGGCAACAACGGUAAUCAGUCGGCAACUGGGUGCUCACCAUAUGCCAGAAGCGAUUCGUUACCCACAGCUUCCAUAAGGCUCGCGUUAGAGGAGAAGCGACGAGAUCAUGAGAAGAGAAAGGCUCUGAUUAGCACAAUGACUGAGUCAGAGCGUAUGGAAAAAGGAAAAGCUGCGUUCUUUGCGGUCAUGAGCAGAUUUGACGCGUCUAACACUAUGCCCACUGAAUCAACUGAGUCACCUAAUUCAAAAAUGAUUCGCGAGUUGGAUCGCAAGUUGACUGAUUUGGCUCAGCAAGUGUCGUUUAUGAACUUGGGCCCCGAACAACAACGUAUGAGUCGUGCUCUCUCACAACCCAGUGUCUACCAAGAUGCUCCACAAAUGGCUCCUGCUUCAGCAAGAGCAGGGUACGGUACCCUUCCACAUAAUGUUAACGCGCAGACUGUUCCGAAUUAUGCACAACCGUACUCGCAACAGCAGGACCUUUAUAAUUACGCACAGCCCCAAGGACAUUAUGCACAACCUCAGCAGCUGCGAGCGAGUCUAUCUAACGGGAUGCUGAACUAUCUCCCUGGACAAGCACCAUCGUAUGGUGAGUAUCCAACGGGCCUGAUUCAGCCGCAGAUGCAGCCUCCACCUGGAUACACCCAAGAUCCAUACUCAUCUCAUCCAGGCUCCUAUAUGCAGCAGCAGUCGCAGCAGCUAGGUUAUCCUAUGAUGCAUCAGUCAGCCCAUGCCGCCACUGGCUUCUCACUUCAUCAACCGUCAACGGUCGGUAUUUCUAUGAUGGGUCCUCCUGCAUCUGCUUAUUCGUCCGUGCAAGCUAUGCCGCCGUCACUAGAUCAACACAAUUCCUCAUCUUAUGCCCUUCAACAACCGCCGCAGCCUACACAGCUGAUCUCAACACCAGGAAUGAUGACUGCGCAACAACAGCAGCAGCUCUAUCAGCAGCAACAGUAUGCGCCAUAUCAAGGGACACCUCAACUUGAAAAUCAACCUCCACUAGAUUAUGAAUCUCAUGAGGGAGCCUCCACUUUCCGGCUGCAUAACCAAGAUGCAUCAUCGAGCCGUAUUGAUCCACCAUUAGAGAUCAAUCGUAAUUUGACAAAUUGGGGCAUGACGUAUCAGAAGGGUCAUACGGGUCGUCCGCAGAGGAGGACAUGGGAGAAUCAGACAUUUAUAAAAAGCGAGCACGAUUUAGUUAACCAGCCAGAUCUUGUACCAACAAUUCCAAGUGAAGAGGAUCAAUUGCAACGGCAGUCGCCAUGCCCCGUGGGAGCGGGACCAAGACGAUCGAGAGAUUCACGCGAAGGAAGUGAAGUUGUUGCGCAAGAACCGGAACGAGUGCGCGUGCAGGGUGAAUCUUCCCGCUUUUUAUUGCUGUUGUCUUCUACAAGCGUUGAUAAUUCGGAAUCUAAACAGAUUCAGAAAAUGCAGUUGCUCCACCUCAGCCAUCGCCGCCACGUGAUCCAGCAAAUAAUACCAAUGGCACAGCCCCCGAGUCGAACGCUUACCUCACAGGCUGAACAGCGCCGUCAAGCAAAACGAGCUGCUCUUCUUGCAAAGACGAUGAAACGCAAAGAGGAAAUUGAAAGCAAGGUAACUCGUUUGAAAUAUGAUUGGCACCAUUUUAUUGGGUUACAGGUAGACCAGAUUGAACAGAGGAACGCUGAGAAGAGGCUGGCUGAAAUGGCGAAGCGUGAAAUGGCGGAGCAGCGAAAGCUAGAAAAAGAGUUGCAACGUCAGAAGAUCUUGGAUGACUACAAACGAAGAAAGAUGGAAAAAGAGAUGGGCGUUGAAUCAGGAUCCAACUCAGCUCGAAGUCCUCCCGGUCGUGGACACUCUCAACCACCCUUCAUUCGCACAAAAUCGCAGAUGUCCGAGUCUGCGAUGGGUGCAGAUGCAACUGAUAAAGGACGUCCACCUAGAGCACGAGGGCAAUCCACAGUUGAACAACGCAUUUCCGUUUCAAGCUUGCAGGAACCAACUCACAAACUUUUUGCUAAAGCUGCUCCAAAAUCAAACCGCGGUUUAAUUAUCAAUGCUCUGCAGUAUAGUGUAUUCCCAGGAGCGGUGAAUGAUCAGACAAGAAUGAAGACAAUGAAUGAUUUGGCUGCAUCGGAUGCGAAACAUUUCCUCAUUCUUUUCCGCGACUACAAAUGUCAGUACCGAGGUCUCUAUAGUUGGGAUCAGGUAUCAGACACUGCUAUCAAGAUCUCAGGGCAGGGUCCGUCUAAGUGUUCGGAAAGUAUCAUGAAGCUGAUGUUCAAGUACGAUUCGGGUGCAAAGAAUUUCUCACAAAUCCCCACAAAACAUCUUGGUGCAACAAUUGACGGUUUUUCCAUUCAGGAUCAGUUUUGGCAAAAACCCAAAAUCCCUUACAGUAGUGCAGCAUCCCAUCGGAAUAACUGA